CAACGUGUCCCAAAUACGUAUUUUUUUGUUUUGUUGUUGUUGCCUGUUUGGGAUUCCUUCUUGGAUGGCCUGUAACAAAGAUUGUAUCUGUACUGGUUUGAGUCUAUCAAAUAAACAAGAACAACGUGGGGCUAAGUGAGAAAACAGCGUAUAAAUACGCAUGUAUAUAUAUUUUUUACGGCUCAUACUAGUGCACCCACACCACUGCAGCAAGCAGGCGAAACUCAGGUGGUGGGGCAAUGUUUACACUGACAUCCUCCUGACCAGUCCAACAGUUACCCAGGCCCCCCUCCCAUUCCCCACCUCUACCCCCUUCCACAACCUUUCCACCCUUCACUAUGAAUGAGGCCAGCGUAGUCAGGGAAGGAUGGCUCCACAAGAGAGGUGAGUACAUCAAGACUUGGAGGCCGCGCUACUUCAUCCUGAAGAGUGACGGCUCCUUCAUCGGCUACAAAGAGAAGCCUGAGCUGUCCGACCAGAGCUUGCCCCCUCUCAACAAUUUCUCAGUGGGAGAAUGCCAGCUGAUGAAAACGGAGCGGCCCAAGCCGAACACCUUCGUUAUCCGCUGCCUUCAGUGGACCACUGUCAUCGAGAGGACCUUCCACGUAGAAAGCAAUGCAGAGAGAGAGGGGUGGAUGCGUGCCAUCCAAGCGGUGGCCAAUGGGUUGAAGGUACGAGAGGAGGAGGAGCCCAUGGACCUGUUUGGUUCUCCCAGCGACAGCAGCAGCAUUGAGGAGAUGGAGGUGGCCAUGUCCAAGACCAACUCUAAAGUGACGAUGAGUGACUUUGACUACCUGAAGCUGCUGGGGAAGGGCACGUUUGGCAAGGUGAUCCUGGUGAAGGAGAAAGCCACGGGGAUGCACUACGCCAUGAAGAUCCUGCGCAAGGAGGUCAUCAUCGCUAAGGACGAGGUAGCGCACACGGUUACGGAGAGCAGAGUGUUACAGAACACCCGGCAUCCCUUCCUCACGACACUGAAAUAUGCUUUCCAGACUCAUGACCGAUUAUGUUUUGUGAUGGAAUACGCCAACGGAGGAGAGCUCUUCUUCCACCUGUCUCGGGAUCGUGUGUUCACGGAAGACCGGGCCCGUUUCUAUGGCGCUGAGAUCGUAUCUGCGUUGGAGUACCUCCACUCUCGUGACGUGGUGUACAGGGACCUGAAGCUGGAGAAUCUAAUGCUGGACAAUGACGGACAUGUUAAAAUCACAGACUUUGGGCUGUGUAAGGAGGGCAUCACGGACGGUGCCACCAUGAAGACCUUCUGCGGCACCCCGGAGUACCUGGCGCCGGAGGUGCUGGAGGACAAUGACUACGGCCGGGCAGUGGACUGGUGGGGCCUGGGCGUGGUCAUGUACGAGAUGAUGUGCGGUCGGCUGCCCUUCUACAAUCAAGACCACGAGCGGCUUUUUGAGCUCAUCCUCAUGGAGGAGAUCCGAUUCCCCAAGAACCUGGCCCCAGAGGGCAGGGCCCUGCUCAGCGGCCUGCUCAAAAAGGAUCCCAAGCAAAGGUUAGGGGGAGGACCGGAUGAUGCCAAAGAAGUGAUGUCCCACAAGUUCUUCACCUCCAUCAACUGGCAGGACGUGGUAGAUAGAAAGCUGACUCCGCCCUUCAAGCCUCAGGUGACGUCAGAGACUGAUACACGUUACUUCGACGACGAGUUCACGGCACAGACCAUCACCGUCACGCCUCCAGACAAGUAUACCAACCUGGACUGUGGCAUCCCCAACCAGCCAGCACACUUCCCCCAGUUCUCUUACUCUGCCAGCAUACGAGAGUGACCCUGUCUUUACCAUACACACUGAAGAUAUGCAUAGCGCAUCAGUUCACACUCUCAUCCACCACACACACACACACACACACACACACACACACACACACACACACACACACACACACACACACACACACACACACUUUCUUGUAAAAAAAAAGACUGCAAGCUUGAGACUCCACAGGCCAAUGGAUCUCUGGUCACAGCGGGGAUUUAAGUGCCUAGUCUUGCAGCCAUCUUGUCUGCUCAAACCCCGUCUACACUACAGUCACGCACAACAGCAGCCUGUGAACUGCACAGGACCUCAGUCAAUACCUCACGUCGUCAACAUCAGCAGCAGUAGCAUAUCAUCCAGGACACUACUGCUCCUCACUGGAAGGUCUAGUACAGGGCUGCCCAUCCCUCUUCCUGGAGAUCUACCGUCCUGUGGGUUUUCAGUUCAACCCUCUUCCUGGAGAUCUACCGUCCUGUGGGUUUUCAGUUCAACCCUCUUCCUGGAGAUCUACCGUCCUGUGGGUUUUCAGUUCAACCCUCUUCCUGGAGAUCUACCGUCCUGUGGGUUUUCAGUUCAACCCUCUUCCUGGAGGUUUUCAGUUCAACCCUCUUCCUGGAGAUCUACCGUCCUGUGGGUUUUCAGUUCAACCCUCUUCCUGGAGAUCUACCGUCCUGUGGGUUUUCAGUUCAACCCUCUUCCUGGAGAUCUACCGUCCUGUGGGUUUUCAGUUCAACCCUAAUUUAAAACACCUGAUUCUACUAAUUAGCUGCUCAACAAGACCUUAACUAGCUGAAUCAGAACGGCUAAAUUAGGGUUGGACUGAACCUGC